GCUUUGUUAGAGGAGAGUUGUGCCCUGGCGGCGGACGAGAAGUGCGGCCAGCGGGAAUAGUUCGUCAUGGCACCUAUUGGAGGAAGCUCUAAAGCAAAGAAGGGUAUUUUAGAACGGCUAGAUGCUGGAGAAAUUGUGAUUGGUGAUGGAGGAUUUGUCAUUGCUCUUGAAAAGAGAGGUUAUGUAAAAGCUGGACCUUGGACUCCUGAAGCUACUGUAGAACACCCUGAAGCAGUUCGUCAGCUUCAUCGAGAAUUCCUCAGGGCUGGAGCAAAUGUUUUACAAACAUUCAGCUUUUAUGCCAGUGAUGAUAAAUUAGAGAACAGAGGAAAUUAUGCAGCUGAUAAAUUUUCUGGCCAGAGAAUAAAUGAAGCUGCUUGUGACAUUGCAAAAGAAGUUGCUCAAGAAGGUGAUGCUUUGGUGGCUGGAGGUGUUAGUCAAACACCUUCAUACUUAAGCAGCAAAAGUGAAGCUGAAGUGAAAGCAAUCUUUCGAAAACAGUUGCAAGUUUUUAUCAAAAAAGAAGUGGAUUUCUUGAUUGCAGAGUAUUUUGAACAUGUUGAAGAAGCCAUAUGGGCAGUUGAAACUUUAAAAGAAUCUGGGUUGCCAGUUGCAGUUACUCUGUGCAUUGGCCCAGAAGGAGACAUGAAUGGUAUACCACCAGGAGAAUGUGCUGUUCGACUAGUUAAUGCUGGGGCUUCUAUUGUUGGAGUAAAUUGCCAUUUUGAUCCAGCUACUUGUCUAAGAACUAUAAAACUCAUGAAGGAAGGUUUGGCAGCUGCUAAACUAAAAGCACAUCUGAUGUCACAGCCACUUGCUUUUCAUACCCCUGAUUGUGGGAAGCAAGGUUUCAUUGAUCUACCAGAGUUUCCUUUUGCUUUGGAGCCAAGAAUUUUAACCCGAUGGGAUGUUCACAAAUAUGCAAGAGAAGCUUACAAUUUAGGGAUCAGAUAUAUUGGUGGAUGCUGUGGAUUUGAACCAUAUCAUAUCAGAGCAAUUGCUGAGGAGCUGGCCCCAGAAAAGGGCUUUUUACCCCGUGCUUCUGAAAAACAUGGUAGCUGGGGGAGCGAUUUGAGUAUGCAUACUAAACCCUGGGUUAGAGCAAGGGCUAGAAAAGAGUACUGGGAGAAUAUGUUACCUGCUUCAGGUCGACCAUAUUGUCCCUCACUGUCAAAGCCAGAUGAUUGGGACGUGACCAAAGGUGAUCUGAUACAGCAGAAAGAAACAACAACUGAACAACAGCUGAAAGAGCUUUUCAAGAAACAGUCAUUCAAAUCCAAAACUGUAUCUUAAAUUAGCAGCAAUUAAAAAUUACAAUCAAUAUUAAAUGAAGAGAUGAUACGGGCAAAUGUAAUUCAUAGACAUUAAAAUAUAACUUCAAACAUUACUUUUUUUCUAACAUGGUUAUAUGCACAUAAGAAAGAUUCCUCAUCUUUGAUUGUAUUGAGAUUAUUUUA